GGGGCGGGGCCGAGCCGAGAUCUCCGCUGUCCUGGGUACUGGAGCGCUCCAGGCUUAGCGCGUCUCACUCCUGCCCUCGGAUCCCUCCUUCGCUGGCGGGGCCACAACCUUGUGCGGUCCCCAACACCCCACGCCCCUUGCCGCGGUCAGACUCCACCUUUGGCGCUUUGCUCCGGACAGACAACUGUUGGGGUCGCGGCUCUGUGCUCAGCCCUGCCUGUGUGCCUUGGAGCAGGGACAUGGUGCAGAAGUACCAGUCUCCCGUCCGCGUCUACAAGUAUCCGUUUGAGCUGGUCAUGGCGGCCUACGAGAAGCGCUUCCCCACCUGCCCGCAGAUCCCCGUUUUCCUGGGCAGCGAGGUCCUGCGCGAGUCCCACAGCCCGGACGGGGCGGUGCACGUAGUGGAGCGGAGCUGCCGGCUGCGCGUGGACGCCCCGCGGCUGCUGCGGAAGGUUGCUGGCGUGGAGCACGUGGUCUUCGUGCAGAAAAACGUCCUGAACUGGAGGGAGAGGACGCUGCACAUUGAGGCUCACAAUGAGACCUUCGCCAACCGUGUGGUGGUCAACGAGACCUGCAGCUACACGGUCCACCCCGAGAACGAAGACUGGACUUGCUUUGAGCAGUCGGCCUCCCUGGACAUCCGAUCCUUCUUUGGCUUUGAAAGUGCCUUGGAGAAGAUUGCCAUGAAACAGUACACGGCCAACGUCAAGAGGGGGAAGGAGGUGAUCGAGCAUUACCUGCAUGAGCUCAUAGCCCAGGGCACCUCGCACCUUCCCCGCUGGACACUGGCCCCAGUGCAGGAGCAGGACGCUCACAGACAGCCCGGGCCACAGGACCCCAGCUCCCUGGAGGACACAGUGAUCGGCAGCACCCCAGGCCUUGCUCUGGAGAGUGGCAGUACUGAUGGGGACAAGCUGGACGCGGAUUACAUCGAGAGGUGCCUGGGCCGUCUCACGCCCAUGCAGGAGAGCUGCCUGAUCCAGCUUCGGCACUGGCUGCAGGAGACCCACACAGGCAAGAUUCCCAAAGACCAGCACAUCCUCCGGUUCCUGCGGGCGCGGGAUUUCCACCUGGACAAGGCCCGGGAGAUGCUGUGCCAGUCUUUGAGCUGGCGGAAGCAGCACCAAGUAGACCUCCUCCUUCAGACCUGGCGGCCUCCGGCGCUCCUGGAGGAGUUCUACGCAGGGGGCUGGCAUUACCAGGACACAGAUGGCCGCCCCCUCUACAUCCUGCGCCUGGGCCAGAUGGACACCAAGGGCCUGAUGAAGGCCGUGGGGGAGGAGGCGCUGCUGCAGCAUGUUCUUUCUGUCAACGAGGAAGGUCAGAAGAGAUGUGAAGGGAACACAAGACAGUUUGGCCGUCCCAUCAGCGCCUGGACCUGUCUGGUGGACCUGGAGGGCCUCAGCAUGCGGCACCUGUGGCGACCGGGUGUGAAGGCCCUGCUGCGCAUGAUCGAGGUGGUGGAGGACAACUACCCGGAGACCCUGGGCCGGCUGCUCAUUGUGCGAGCCCCCCGAGUCUUCCCGGUGCUCUGGACGCUGAUCAGCCCCUUCAUCAGUGAGAACACCAGGAGGAAGUUCCUCAUCUACAGUGGCAGCGAUUACCAGGGCCCCGGGGGCUUGGUGGACUACCUGGACCGAGAUGUGAUCCCUGACUUUCUGGGCGGUGACAGUGUGUGUAAUGUCCCCGAAGGAGGGCUGGUCCCCAAAUCCCUUUACCUGACGGAGGAGGAGCAGGAGCAGGCCGACCAGCUGCGGCAGUGGAGUGACACCUACCACUCGGCCAGCGUGCUCCGUGGGGCUCCCCACGAGGUUGCCGUGGAGAUUCUGGAGGGGGAGUCAGUUAUCACCUGGGACUUCGACAUCCUUCGAGGCAACAUGGUAUUCAGCCUGUACCAUGUCAAGCAGAUGCCCAAUUCGGGCCCCCGGGAGCAGCUGAUUGACAAAGGCUGGGUCCUGGGCACUGAUUACAGCCUCGUGGAGGAGCCUCUUGUCUGCCGGGAGGGAGAGAGCAUCCAGGGCUCCCAUGUGACACGGUGGCCUGGAGUGUACCUGCUGCAGUGGCAGGUGCACAGCCCCCUGGACGACGUCCUGACAGCCCUGCACAGUCCUGGCCGGAAGUGCAGACUCCUCUACUACUGCGAAGUGCUGGCCUCUGAAGACUUCAGGGGCUCCAUGUCCAGCCUGGAAUCCUGCACCAGUGGCUUCUCCCAGCUCAGUGCGGCCACCUCCUCCUCCUCGUCUGGCCAGUCCCACCGCAGCUCCCUGGUCUCCAGAUAGCUGGCACAGAGCCCCGCGGGGCCACGUCUGAAAGUGUCCAGUGCAGGAGACCAGCUUGCCAAGAGGCCUGGGAGAAUGCGUGGGCUGGAAACGUCUAGUCUAGCUGCUGCCAAAGUUGGGGUGUCUGGACCAGAUGGCAAGGAUUUUGCCCUCAGCUUGUGUGAGAUGUGACCCCUGGGUCAGGGCUCUGGAUGCUUCGAGGGCAGAACCAUCUCCUUUGGACUUGGUGUUAAGGCCCAGGCAUGUGAAUCCCACCAUUAGGUCUCCCUGGACCGGAACUGAGCCCCUCUCAGCACUGGCUUUGUUCUCUCUGUGUUGGAUUCCUCAUGUAGGGUACCCAUCACCAUCUUGUAGGGCGCCCUCCCCUAUUCCCUCUCUCCAAAGUUCUGGUCCACCUCCCAGAAUUGCUUCUUAUGGGUCUGCUGGGGCCACGCCCAAUUCUGAACCAGUGACAGUUACCAGGGAAUGGAGAAUGCUGAUUGGCCAGGAGAUUUAUGUGUCCAAGGUGGACAAAUUACUGUCACUCAGGGGUGGGCAGUGGUGCAUUCAUUGGUCAGCAUGGAUCAUGUGCACAUGCCUGGAGCCAAUCACAUGGUCUGAAUAGGAUAAGGGGGUCCCUCAAGGAAUACUGGGUCUCCAAUUUCAAAAGGAGGAAAAGAUACCUGGGAGGCAGAAAGGAAUGGUGGUCACCCCAGCAUUUGGUUGCACAACAGUGCCCUGUGUUCUUGCACAUGCAUAGGGGCUGUGAUAGAAGUUAGGCUGUGGUUUCUGGGGGCAGCAUCUUGCCUGGGACUGGAGAUCCAUUCUCCAACAUUUGGCUGGGAUGGCCUAACCCUGUUCACCCUGACUUGGACAGAGUGGGGAAGCUGAGGGCUCCUGCCAAGUUCCAGGCAGGAUGGGAUGAUUCAGGCUGUCUCUGUACCCCUCUGGAGUUCCCUUUCCUGAGGACCUGCUUAAUUAUGACCUGCUUUGGCUGUAAGCCACAGAGAUCCACCUCCCAGUGGUUUAAACUCAAGAGGGUUACCAUUCCUGGGUGCAUGUAACUAGCUGGACCAGGAGCUCUUGAGCAUCAGCUAAGGCUGGAUCUAGGCUCUCCACGUGGGGUCAGGACUCCUGUUGGGGUGGAUGCUGUUUUCUUUAUAUGGGGGGCAGAUCUGACUCAGGAACCUGCUCCACUAUUGGCACGAGUUUCUCCAGCUUGUAUACUAUAGAGUCUUAUGUUUCCUUGGGCCCUGAGGACAUUUCUCUUUUAUUUUACUGGGGCCCUUCCCCCGUCAAAAAAGACAGCAGGUCGGAGGUCACUGAGUGGCACCCUAGAGCCCAUUCUGGCCUGCUUCUAGUGUUUUUGCUAUUUGCCUAGAGAGUGCUAAAAACAUUGUGGCAUUUCACAUAGCGAGAAGCAUUUCUGAUUUCCCUUAGGCCUGUGGGAGUGGUGAUAAAAUGGGGUCACUGUCGCCACCUGAAGGCCUCACUGCCACGCCCCUUGGGUCAGGGCACCUUGCACCUAGCCCCCACCAGUGGCCCUUGAUAGCUGCCUGGAGGGCUUACUGCCAGCUCUGUCUGAAGCUGGACUCCAGUGUGGGGGCCGGAGGCUCGGCCGUUACUCUUAUCUCUCAGCCUUGCUUCGAGUGGGGACAUUUCUGGCAGAAUCACUGAGCCCAGGGCUGGGUUUCCAACUCUGGCACUGUCACUGUGAUGUAAGCUCAGGAUGCUGGGGCAAGGAGAACAAGGACUGGCUUCCACACCAACCUCAGCCCUACACAGAAGUGAAAAGGGCUCUCCUCAGAAGCACCGGACCCCAUAAGAGCCCGGCACAGUCCUGCUGGCUCAUCCACUUCUCAGGUAUAGGAACGGAGCACACAACCCUGCACCCGCUGUGUGCCCUGGGAGCAUGAGGGUGUCAGAGCCAUGGGAGGGAGACGUUCUCAAAGCCAAGAGACCUCAUGUCACCGAGCAUUGACCCCUGAGAACAGUUUGCGAUGUUUUCAAUGCUCUUUAAAAGAAUUUCUAGCUUGUCUCUCAAACCUAGGUGCUGCCCUCCUAGAAGUACUCUGGGAUGAGAAAUCUUGGGGAUCUCUGCACCUUUACUGUCUAGUGAAAGAGAAACUUUUUACUGGGGGAACCUGGGCUAGCUGAUUGCAGAGGCGAGGAUCUGGGGGCCACAGUCCAGCCAGGAGCAGGGGUAAGAAGCCUCAGCCCCAGCUAAAACAGGCUUAAGUGACAGAAGGAAUUUCUUGGUCCUGUACUGGGAUGACUGGGAGGGUCUCGUUCCAGGUACGGCUGGAUCCAGGAGCCCAGUGUCCCCAGACCUCUUGCCUCUGUGUCCCUUUGCACACUGGCCUCACUUUCUCCCGCCAGCAGCCUCAACCCUGUCACCACAGGGCUUGCAGCUUCUAAGCUGGAGAGAGGCACUUUCUCAUCGGAGAUCUCGUGGGAGAUUCUAUGGGGCUCUGUCCAGGCACGUGUGCAGUACUUGUCCACCGGGCCAAGGGGCCAGGAGCCUUGACUGAAAUUCCUGCAGGAGCAAAGGGGGACCGGGAGGGCAGAUCCCCGAUGGGCAGGGGGCGCUGGGCUCUAGCCCCAGCUGAGAGGUCUGCGGCGGUGUCUGCGUGGUGCUCUGUGGGGAGGUCUCUGAAACCCCCGAGAAGCUUCGUCACAGGCUGGCUGGCCUGCAGUGAAAACCGGCCUAGGAAGGGGCCGUCAGGCUUUGGUCUUUAAGUUUCCCCAGACCCAGGGCCUGGAAGCAACUUAGCCUAGGCCUCUCUCCACAUCCUAUUCAUCACUCCAACCUGGCCAGGUCAGAACCACCCAGAGCACCACGACAUGGGUGUUUAGGAGCCUGGGUGUUAGGUUUAGACGAGGGUUCAAAACCCAGCCUUGCUGUCAUAGCUAUAUAACCUCGAGUGAGUGACUUAACCUCUCGGUGCCUCAGUUUCCUCAUCUGUAAAAUGGGGACAGCAGUGCCUACCUCAUUGGGUUGCAGUGGAACAAAAUGAGAGUGGCUGCAGUCUUUAGCACAGUGCCUUGCACACAGAAAGCAUUCAGUAGAUGUCUGGUGACUCUGAUUGUUGAGUGCUUCCCAUCCAGACUCCAGGCUCCUUCCCGAGGUGCCGCCCGCUGGUGUUUGUGAGACAGUGUGGUGACAUCCAGAGAACAUGGAGGUCAAGACGCUGGUGCCCUUGGAGCCAGGCACUUUCCCUGUUAGAAGUGGCUUGGGUUCUGAACAAGCCUUCUAAUUGGAAAGAACAUUAUUAUUGUCAUUGUUAUUAUUUUGCAGUACCGGGGAUUGAACCCAGGGCUGUCCCCCAGGGAGCUAUAGCCCUAAUUCUUUUAUUUUAAAUUUUGAGACAGGGUCUCCCUAAGUUGCUGAAUUGUUCACGCAAACUUGGGAUCCUCCUGCUUCAGCCUCCCAGAAUGCUGGGAUUACAGGCUAAGGGCAUGCAUCAUUCUGAGGGGUGUUUCCCUCAGCCAGGGAAAGGAUUUUUCUCAGGCUACAGAAAUAAGAAGAGCUUGAGGUUGUUCUUGUCUUUUGUCUUUUUCCUACCUGUUCUGAGAAUUACCCUCCCCUUGGUGAGAUCAGUUGUUCAAUGAGAAUGAUAUCAUUCUUUUCAACACUGACUGCUGCAGUCAGCGAAGUGGGAUAGUUCUUGUCUGCCUGAUCUUUUGCGCCACCAGAGGCUUUAAACUUUUGAGAUUUGGGGCCUCCUGUUGUUGACUUUCCCCAAAUCCUGGCGUUGGCCUUGGCUUACUGGAGAAUUUCCAGUACUCUAGGAGCAUUCCCAGCAGGGGGGCCGAUGGCCAAGGGGUUGCACACUGCUCUACAGGGGUCGUCGUCUUGUGGGGGAGCCAACAGGAGGGAUUGACCCCAGGGCCUUCACACUGAGCUACAUCCCUGGCCUUUUCAUUUGUUUAUUCCCUUGGAGAGAAAAUCUCUCUGAAUUGCUAAGUUGCCCACGCUGGGCUCAGAUGUGUGACCCUCCCGCCUCAGUUUCCCAGAGUGCUGGGGCCACCGGCGUGCACCGCCACACAUCUGGCUGGGAUCACACUUUUUAGUUUCUGGAGUUGCUACAACAAAUUACCAUAAACUGGGGGCAGCUGGGCUUCACGCUGGUGGUUGCAGGAGUCCCCAAGCCUGGGACCCCACCCCUUCAGUCUCUGCCUUUUGUCACACAGCUUCCUCCUGUGUCUCUUACAAGGACACUGAUUUCUGGUUCGUUCUGGAUCCACUAUGACACUGCCUUGAGAUCUGUAGCUCAUUGCACACGCAAAGACCCUGAUUCCUUGGCCACUCCAUUCUCUCUCGCAUGGUGCCCGCCCUCAUGCUAGAGGGUGUACUUCUUUUCCUUUUACUUGGUCCAAACUCACUCUGCAGAGCCUGCUGCUUUUCCUACUUUUAAUAAAACUUUGCUACCAUUAAACAACAAAAACAACACCACCCCCACCCUGAUUCCAAAGGCCCUGCAGAGGUUCUGGGUAGAUGUGGGUUGGGGGGAUGCUGCGUGGCCCCUCACUGGUCCGUGCCAUAUGUAAACACAGUUUAUCAGUGGUGCUGGCGUGCAGAUCCCUGAGUUUGCUCACCCUGCCUACCAGGAUAUGGAUGGCUCAGGUGUCCAGGGAAAGCGAGGCCUGUAUUCCAUCCUAUGUCCUGGGGUUUGGGACAGCCACAGUCCUGAUGUCAGAAGUGGGUGCGGGCUCCUUGGGUUCUGCCUGUCCUUCCCACAACAUCUCGGGACUCUGAAAAGCUAGGAGGCCAUGAACUACCAGCUGGGAGAGCAUAGGUGUGGGUCUCUGUGGGAUGGACAUAAGGCCACCUGUCUACCCGGCCUCUGGGACCUUUCCACAUGUGCAGCCGGGGGCAGGGAGAUGGAGCGUUACUCACUAGGAUUCCGUGGGUUUCUCCCGAGUGCAGGCAACAGAUCUCAGAAAAAUGGCCAGCUGACCUGUGGGGGCUCUGGGUGUGGUGACAGGACAGCCACACUUGGGGAGGACAGCUUCCAAAGGGCUGAGAGCUGGGACCAGGGCUUAGCAGCAGGUCUCUGCUGACGUCUGUCUGAGCCAUUGAUCCUCCCUGGAGGCCUCCUGGGGCCUAGGUCACAGAGGUCAAAACAGACCCAGGGCUCCCUAGCAGCCCAGUGGCUGUGCCUGGGUGCAGACCUCUGGGACCUCACGGAUGGGUCUUGGCCACAGAAGCUACCGUGGGGACUUGGCAGGGCCUGGAAGGACAGGAGGCAGUGGUUCCCAGGGGGGCCAGAGCAGGGGCUGCUGUGAACAUCUCCUACCAAUGUCCCUUCCCCUCUGCCAGUGCCCGCUGUCACCGGGCCAUCUGUGAGGAAGCACAGUUGGAACGAAGCCUCUGAGUGAGCUUCCUGGGGCAGCUUUUUCUGAGACAGAAUUCUGUGAGAAGCUAGCCCGAGCCGUGGACACACACACUCCGAUCGGAGGACAGCCCCUCUGGCCCCAGUCAGAGCCCACACAAGGUUCCUCCCAGGGCUGAAGUUGCAUGGAGGCUUCGUGGACAGUGACAUCAUCACGGCGCACAGAGCUCUCAGGCUCCGGCCCGGGCUGCCUGACGCACGAAUCCACACCUUCCUCUCUGUUGGCUGCCUCUGGUGGCUGUGCGACAUUUGCCCCUAUGGAGAUGAUCCCAGGAGCAGCAGUGGUGAAUAGGUAUAGGCUGCUACACACCCCUGCUCCCUUGGCCUCCAGGGAUACAACUGCGGCAUGUUCUACAGCCCCCGACACUGCCCUGAGGCCCCUGCGGCAGAGGCCCCCGUCUGAGCACCUGCUUACCCGCUCACUAGUGCACCCGUCCAGGCUGCCUUCCAUUUCUUUCCCCACCAACGUGCCUGGGGUCAUCUCUCAGAUAAACCACUUGCUCCCGUGGCUUUGUCCCAAGUUCUCUCCAGGCCUUGUUUCUGGGGGCCCAGCCUAAGGCAGGGUGGAAGACGGCUUGGAUGUUUUUCAGGCAAAGAUAAUGGUUAUCCUCAUGACAGAUUCAAAAUUCUGCCUGUAAUCCCAGCACUCUGGGAACUGAGGGAGCCUCAACUGUAAAUUCAAGCCCAGCCUGGACAAAUUAGCAAGACGAGGCUCAAAAAAUAAAGCGCUAGGGGCAUGGCUCAAUGUGAAAGUCCCGAGUUCAAUUUCUAGGACUUCCAACAAAAACAAAAAUUCCAUGGCGCCUCGGGGAAGUUCACAUCGCCCCGUGCCUCCAAGUCACUUAGCUGGGGACCCUCUGCUGGAAUAACUGUGCUCCCCCUGAGCCUGGGGUCAGCCCAGCCAGUCCUCACCUUAGGUGCCAGCACGGCAGAGGACAAAGAUGUCUUCUCGAAGGUCAGGGCGUUCACAGAGGCAAUCAGGACAGCCUGUCACCAAGGCUACUGUCUCGGGCCCCUUGGGGGUGCUCCCGGUAGAUCUGAGAUCCUCUCCCCGUUCCCCAAGAUUCUGACUCAGUGUGUCUGGGCAGGGCCCAGGUCUCUCACUGUAGAACAUUCCAGGGGAACCUACUUCAACGUGCAGUCGGGCUCGGGAACUGCACUUCGGCACGCGCCCAUCCGAUGCCCAACCCCACGGCACCUCUCAGGUGUGCCUGCAUCCCCUGAACCUGGGCCGCUCUGGUGGCCCGCUUUAUCCGACAGAGGUGGCGAGGUGAGAUGACAACAGCUUUGAGUGGUGGCCCUGCACACUUCUUUCUCUGUCUCCCUCUCUGCUUCCUUCUCUCCGACCCACCUCCAUCUUAACCCCAAGCCUGAUCUGGCCUUCUGGAAGAUGAGAUACCCUGGGGAGCCCAGCUGUCACCAUCCCAGGCCAGGCAGCUGCCUGCUGGCAGAUCAGGGACAGGCGUGAGCCCGGCUGACUGCAUCCCAGGUCAGCAGUGUCCCCCAAGUAACCCCCAAAAGAGUAGUUUCUUAAGUAAUAACUGGUUGCUUUUUGCCCCAGUUUUGCAGUGUAACACAGCAACAGAUAACCAGCACAAGUGGACCAUGUUUGGGGCCUGGGUUACUCGAGGACCUGCGGAAACCGUGAGCGUCAUCCCCCUGCUGAAAAAGCUGCUAAGUACACAGGGACAACGCAGACCUCACCGGCCCUUUCUGAAGCCCAAAGUGACAAGCUCUGACACUCCCAGGGCUGGGCAAGUCACAGACAGAAGGUGCCAUUGGGCUGCAGUGCCUGGAGAGUGCGGCUCUGAGCAGGGCGACAGUCUCCACUUGGCCAGGACUGCCAGAGUGCUCUCUUCUAAAGAGACACCAGAACUGGAGUUUGUGUGGGCUCCUUAACCUUAACAUGGGUGACUAAAACCUUGGCGGUGCAUGUCUGAACCUCAGCUGAAGCAUAGGGAAGUUGGGUCAGGCACUCUGCAAGGCCGAGGCAGGAGGAUCUCAAGUUCCAGUCUAGCCCAGGUAAUUUAGUGAGA